AUGGAUUCCGAUGAAAGUUAUGAGACCACUUCGGAAGUCUUUCGUGAAGAAGACAGCGAUCCAAGCUCUUCAAGCAGCCAGACUAGUGUCAAUAGAGAUAGUGGAGAGAUACGUGAACUGUAUGCCUCCACAUUUUCCGGUCCGGAGCAUGCAAUAAUUCCUACACUGGACAGCCAAAUUGGAUCGCUCACGGCAAAGAUAAAAGAGCAAACCAUUCAAAUUCAGUCGCUCAAAGAGGAACGGAUCAAAUAUCUGGAGCAGAUCACCCAGUUGUACUCCACACUGGAGAAACGGGAAAGUGAACUGGUUGAAUUCAUUCAGUCGUACGAGCAAAAAGCGAAUGAUGUUGCCCAGUACAUGCAAGAAGUCCAAGGACUGUUGUCUCAGCUGACAACAUUAUUUCCCGACCAGUUGGCCGAGUCGAACUCUACGGAUGACUCACUGGCUAACGUGUCAUCGAAUUGUGGACCUACUGGGAUUUCGGGCAACUCGAAUGCGACAAAUAGCAUUUCCACAAAUCAGAACAAGAUGCUCACCGCUGCGGACAAAGGAGUCGGAUCGGAAAGCACCACGAACACACCGCAUAUCAAUGGAUCCGAAUCAACUGCCCCGAUGGCAUGGGAUCAGCGAGGACGUGCACUUCUGCACGCUCUAUCUGCUUCCGUGGCCACGGCUUCGGCCCGGAAUAAACAAAGCACACUGCCGAGAAAUACCGAGCCACCCAGUAAGUAA